AUGAAGGAUUCCAAAUCAGUUUCGGAUUAUAUUUCAAGAGUCUUGGCGGUUGUCAAUCAAAUAAAGAGAUAUGGUGAAGAGUUGAAUGAUGAUAGGGUGGUUGCAAAAAUAUUACGAUCCCUAGAUUCAAAAUUUAAUUAUAUUGUUGUUGCCAUUGAAGAGUCCAAGGACUUGGACACCAUGACCAUAGUAGAACUCAUGGGUUCUUUGCAAGCACAUGAAGAAAAAUUGAAGAAACUGAAACAAGAGUCGGUUGAACAAGCUUUGCAAGCAAAACUUUCUUCGAAGGCGAAAUAUGAAAGGCGUGGCUCACAACAAAGAGGUCCUGGGCUUGGAAGAGGUCGUGGUAGAGGAGGAAGAGAUGGUAGUCAACCUCCGACCAAAGAAAAUAGAACUCAAGACUCCAACCAAGGAAGAGGCCGCAUAAGAGAAGAAGAAAAUGUAGAAAGAAAUAAAUGGUACAUUGGUUCCCGUGCAAGCAACCAUAUUUGCGGGAAGAAGCAUUUAUUUGCAGAGUUUGAGGAAUUUAAUGGUGGCAACAUCACUCUUGGAGACUCUUCAAAAGUUCAAAUCAAAGGAAAAUGUACGAUUUUAAUUCGUUUGAAAGAUGGAAGUCAUCAAUUUAUCUCUAAUGUCAUGUAUAUACCGAAAAUGGAAAGUAAUAUUCUGAGUUUGGGACAGCUUUUGGAGAAAAAUUAUGACAUUCAUUUGAAAGAUAAAAAGUUGACUAUGAAAGAUGAAAAUGGGAGAUUGUUAGCCAAAGUUCCUAUGGCUAAAAAUAAAAUGUUUGUUUUGAAUCUUCAAAGUGAUGAAAAAUCUGAGGUUUUUGAAAACUUCAAGAAUUUUAAGAGCAUGGUGGAGAAACAAAGUGGCUACCAAAUAAAGUCACUUCGGUCCGAUAAUGGUGCAGAAUUCACUUCAAAUGAAUUCAAGGCUUUUUGUGGAAAAACUGGAAUUCGUCAUUUUUUUACCAUUCCAAGAUCGCCUCAACAAAAUGGCGUGGUGGAGAGGAAGAAUCGGACUAUUCUCAACAUGGCAAGAAGUAUGUUGUAG